UACACGGAGCUCGCGAACUCACCAUGCAAGCUACACGCCUUGUCUGCGCUGUGCUCUUCGGAGCUUUACUGAUUGGGUUAUGCAUGGCAAAACCAUCAAAGAGGGCGCUCAAGUUGCGUCAUCAAAGCCGCCAAGUUUCAGACUGCAGCUCCGACCAGUUCACCUGCAACGAUGGAUGGUGCAUCCCUGACUAUUGGCAAUGUGACGGCAUGAAUGACUGCAGUGGUGGAGAGGACGAGUUCAACUGCCCCUCAAACCCCCCGCCAUCCUGCAGCUCAGACCAGUUCGCCUGCAACAAUGGAUGGUGCAUCCCUGGCUAUUGGCAAUGUGACAACUAUGAUGACUGCAUGGAUGGAGAGGACGAGUUGAACUGCCCCACUAUGGCGCCACCUCCACCCUGCAGCUCAGACCAGUUUACCUGCAACAAUGGAUGGUGCAUCCCCGCUUCCUGGCAAUGCGACUACAUGAAUGACUGCAUGGAUGGAGAGGACGAGUUCAACUGCCCCACUGGAAGCCCAGGUUGCAGCUCCGGCCAGUUUACCUGCAACGAUGGAUGGUGCAUCCCUGGCUAUUGGCAAUGCGAUAACUGGGAUGACUGCAGUGGUGGAGAAGAUGAGUUCAACUGCCCAACUGCAGCCCCACCUCUACCCUGCAGCUCAGACCAGUUCACCUGCAACAAUGGAUGGUGCAUCCCCGCCUCCUGGCAAUGUGACUACAUGAAUGACUGCAUGGAUGGAGAGGACGAGUUCAACUGCCCCACUGGAAGCCCAGGUUGCAGCUCCGGCCAGUUCACCUGCAACGAUGGAUGGUGCAUCCCUGGCUAUUGGCAAUGCGAUAACUGGGAUGACUGCAGUGGUGGAGAAGAUGAGUUCAACUGCCCAACUGCAGCCCCACCUCUACCCUGCAGCUCAGACCAGUUCACCUGCAACAAUGGAUGGUGCAUCCCCGCCUCCUGGCAAUGUGACUACAUGAAUGACUGCAUGGGUGGAGAGGACGAGUUCAACUGCCCCACUGGAAGCCCAGGCUGCAGCUUCGACCAGUUCACCUGCAACGAUGGAUGGUGCAUCCCCGGCUAUUGGCAAUGCGAUAACUAUGAUGACUGCAGUGGUGGAGAGGACGAGUUCAACUGCCCAACUGCAGCGCCACUUCCACCAUGCAGCUCAGACCAGUUCACCUGCAACAAUGGAUGGUGCAUCCCUGGCUAUUGGCAAUGCGACAACAUAGAUGACUGCAGUGGUGCAGAGGACGAGUUGAACUGCCCCACUUCAAGUGAAGGCUGCAGCUCAUAUCAGUUCACCUGCAACGAUGGAUCAUGUAUCCCCAGCUAUUGGCAGUGUGACAACUGGGACGAUUGCAGUGAAGGAGAGGACGAGGCUGAUUGCACCGGCUCCUCUGCCAUGUAUGCUACUCCCGGCUAUAACUCGGGUCCUUGUCCGAUGGGUGAGUUUUCCUGCCUUUACAGCGAAGAGUGCAUCGGUUUUGCCGACUUGUGCGAUAGCGAGAUGGACUGCAGCGGUGGCGAAGACGAGAAUAACAUAAUCUGCUAUAUCUUUGGUGGCAAUUCGAAGAGGGCUCCUAAGAAGAGAUGGGAGAAACUGUCCCGAAAAGUAGAGCAGAAGAAGAGAGCCAUGCGCAAGUAAACUAACUGGAGGUUCGUGCCACUUGGAAAAGACGACAAUGGUACGGGUUCCGACAACGGACAACUGCAUAUUUCGUUAUCAUUAGCAAGCCGUAGUUAGCAAUAUAUUUAGACUUUCUGUAUUUGUUUGCUGUUAAUGGUUGAUUUCCUUUUAUGAUUGCCGCGUUUAUCGUUGAGUGAAACGAUUAACCACCUUCCGAAUCUGAAUCAAUUUUUAAUCUACUAGCUUGUACAAAAACAAACUGACCUCAUGGUCAUGCCAACGGUUAACUAAUUUGGAAAAAAAAAUGAAUGCAAGCAAUCAGCACAUGCUUAAAAGAAAUAAUCCACCUCUAGAUGUGCCAAAGUUGCAGAAAAUCUCACUAAACAACUUU